CAACAAUGGAAGACAUUGCAGAAAGAGGAACAGGAAGAGGGAGGUUGAGUAUAAGAGGGGGAGGAAGAGUGAGAGGUAGAGCAGGUAGAGGAGUUCAUGGUCAAAGAAGACAAACACUUUCAAAUGAAAUCAGAGCAACCUUAGUAGAUCAUGUCAUCAACCAUGGGCUGACAAUGCGUGAGGCUGGACAGAGAGUGCAGCCAAACUUGAGCCGUUUUGCUGUCGCAUCUGUCAUCCGGACCUUUAGACUGGAGAACAGGACUGAGAGAUGACACCAUGGUGGAGGAAGGGGCCAUUGUAAACUUGGCUUUGGAAAAUAAUGAAAUCAGAUUACGAGAAAUUCAAAGCCACAUCAUCCAAGACAACACCUUAUUCAACAACAUUCAACAAGUCAGUCUGUGCACAUUGGAUCGCAUUUUCAAGCGAAACCAAAUCAGAAUGAAACACUUGAGAGAAACUCUCAAAGAAACCGAGUUCAGACGAGCAUAUGUGGAUGGAGUACUGGAAAUGGAUGCUCAUGCAAUUCCACAGGAGUUCAUCUUUAUAGAUGAGGCUGGGUUCAACCUUGCAAAGUCCAGAAGAAGGGGGAGAAACGUCAUUGGCCACAGAGCCAUUAUAGAUGUUCCUGGCCAACGUGGUGGGAACAUCACAAUGUGCGCUGCCAUCUCCAGUAUGCAUGGUGUCCUCCACCGUCAUGCCAACCUUGGACCAUACAACACAGCCCAUAUUCUCACAUUUCUGGACAGACUUCACAACAUUCUCAUACCACCAGAGUGUAUGAAUGAUGCAGACCAUCAAAGAAACCGGUAUGUUGUAGUAUGGGACAACGUGAGCUUUCAUCGUGCAGCCCCAGUAAAAAAUGGUUUGCUGACCACCCAACAUUUCUCGUGCAAUACCUCCCACCAUACUAACCAUUUCUGAACCCCAUAGAAGAUUUAUUUUCGGC